GUCGCGGGUUGCGGCGUCAUGUCCUCGGAGGUGGCCGCGCGCCGGGACGCCAAGAAAUUGGUGCGGUCGCCGAGCGGCCUGCGCAUGGUGCCUGAGCACCGCGCCUUCGGCAGCCCCUUCGGCCUGGAGGAGCCGCAGUGGGUCCCGGACAAGGAGUGCCCCAGGUGCAUGCAGUGUGACACCAAGUUUGACUUCAUCACCAGAAAGCACCACUGCCGCCGGUGCGGGAGGUGCUUCUGUGACCGGUGCUGUAGCCAGAAGGUGGCGCUACCGCGCAUGUGCUUUGUGGACCCUGUGCGGCAGUGCGCGGAGUGUGCCCUGGUGUCGCAGCGGGAGGCCGAGUUCUAUGACAAGCAGCUCAAGGUGCUCAUCAGCGGGGCCCCCUUCCUCGUGACCUUUGGGAAGUCGGAGACGUCGGAGGCGAUGGUCUGCCGCCUUUCCAACAACCAGAGGUUCUUGGUUCUGGACGGGGACAGCCAUUAUGAGAUUGAAAUCACACACAUAUCCACCAUGCAGAUCCUGACAGAAGGCCUUCCUCCAGGAGAGACAGACACGUACACCAGCCUCCUGGAGAGCCUGCCCGCCUCUGAAGGAGGCAGUGCGCGGGCUUCCGGCAUGCUCCUGCAGUACACCAUGCCCGGGGCAGAAAGCGUGACCCAGCUGAAGCUCACGGCCGGGGAGGAUGCCAACGCCAGCAAGAGGCCUGCGACCACGUGGCUGGUGGCCAUGCACAAGGCUGCCAAGCUCCUCUAUGAAUCACGGGACCAGUGAUGACUGACAGGACAGGCGCUGCCCCCCCAGCGCUUGGGUACAUUCAAGCCCUUGGAGCCGUGUCCCUGAGCUUGUCUGUGUGACACGCCCCAGCUGUUAGUGCCCGCUCAGCGUGCUAGCCUGCCAGUACCAACGGGGGGAGGCAGCCACAUUACACACUACUCCGCCUACCCCGCACUGUGCAUUUUGCGGCCCAGGCUCACUAGAAGGCUCUGCCCACCAGUGCUCACUAACCAACUCUUCCACAGAAUGCCUCCCCGCCCCCGCCCCCCAACCCUGGGGUGGUGGUGGUGCUCAGGUGUCCACUGGGCCUCAUGUCUUUCCUGUGCCUGCACGGUCUGCCUUAGCCCGGUUUCUGGACUGUCCACCCUCUGUCACAUCUCAACUGAACACACUUUUGAUACAAAGGGGACGCCACCAGCUUCAUUUUAGGCCCUUCUCACUCACUGCUCCACUUUCUUAAAUGGCUGCAACAGCAGUUUGUACAGAAAGCUUAUGAUUAAACCUAUUUUGAAAACACA